CCCAUCCAACGGCCGACCAUCCUCAACUAGCUAUUUGCUCUGUUUCUUUCUCUGCCUAAUUGAAUCCCCGUUGCAAAGAAUUCCUACUCAGAAAGGAGGAGGAAAGGAACAUGGAAGAAGCGGUUGCGGAGGAGAUCUUUGGCUAAUCUGUGUUAUCUGGUCUCUCGAACUCGAUCCGACUUUAAAUACCUCAAAAUGAACGGCUUGAUCUGUUAAACUCCUAAGGAGAGGGCGGAUUUAGAUUCGGUAAUCGUUUAAUUCAAAGAAAUGAGUAAGGAUGCCGCAACUGGAACUCUUGUCUCUACAUAAACACCAAUCAUUCCCAGUUAUGAUGACACUACUUGAUCUCUACAAACCUUUUUCCUUUUUGCCCAUUGUCUGAAAUAUAGUAAUCUGAUCUGGGCUCUGUGAGAGAUGGCUGUUGCUGCUUAUGCAUCCUUGGUUUCCCUUACACUUGUUCUUGACAAUCUCCACUACCGUGCUGAGCAUCAUUGUCCUUCUCUGGACAUAAAAGUAAUUAAAGCUUUGCAGGAAGGCUUUCAUUUCUUGCUCAACUUUGUUGAAGUUCAUUGUGAUAAAACAGGAGAGGGGGUAGAAGCUUUGUGGAGAAAAAUGGCUAAGUUUGCGUUUGAAGCUGAAGAUACUAUUGAAUCUCUUGUAGUGAAUGAGCUUCAAUGGGAAUCUCGAGAAGAUGCACCUGAUGUGGGAUGCUCAACAUUCUGUCAAGAUAUGCAGAAGUUGAUAGAAAAAAUUGAAUUCAUGAAGGAGGAGAUCCCGGAGGAUAUAAAGAAAGGGGAUGACGAUGGAGGUAGAUUACUACAUUCUAUGAUUUCCAUGACUGUUGGUAGUUCACGAGCUAUUGCUUCUACAGGUGAGAGUAUUAUGGUAGGGUUUGACAAACACAUGAAUAAGAUCUUGGGUGUGCUGACUAGGGACAGCUCAAAUCUCAAAAUCUUCCCAAUUGUUGGCACUGGAGGUAUUGGUAAGACGACACUUGCAAAAAAUAUCUUUGAGCAUCCAUUGAUAAAAAAUCAUUUUGAUGUAUGCAUUUGGGUUACAAUCUCUCAAGAGUACAGUGUCAAAAGGAUCCUUCAAAAUCUUCUAAAUGAGCAAGAAAACGAUAAAAAUGGAGAAGGCAUGGCUCAGCUAGGAGAAAGAUUGCACAAAAGAUUGUUCGGUAGAAGAUAUCUGGUUGUCAUGGAUGAUUUGUGGAGUACAGAAGCCUGGGAUGAAUUAAGAAUGUCCCUUCCGAAUAAUGGCAAUGGAAGUUGGAUCUUGUUGACUACUAGGAUCUUGAAUGUGGGUGAUUAUGCUGGUGGCAGUGGCAACUCUUAUUUGAUAGAUUUUUUAAGUGAUGACCAGAGUUGGAAUUUACUUUGUAAAAAAGUCUUUGCCAAAGAUAAUUGUCCAUAUGUAGAAUUGGAAGGGAUAGGCAAGAGCAUCGCAAAAAGUUGUCGGGGGCUUCCACUUUUAAUCAAUGUUAUUGGUGGUUUGCUCGCAAAUUCUAGUUUGUCAAAAGAGUCUUGGGAAUUGAUUGCGCAAAAUGUGAAUUCCUUGGGUCAUUUAAAAGAUGAUGAUUAUUGCCUGAAGUCCAUAUCUUUAAGUUAUGAUUGCUUGCCUAUUAGUGUCAAGCCAUGUUUCUUGUAUAUGAGGGUUUAUCCUGAAGAUGGUUGGAUAGAUGUCUCCGAUCUUAUCAAUUUCUGGGUUGUGGAAGGAUACCUAAAGUUGGGAAAUGAUCAGCAUUUAGAGGAAAUUGGUGAAGAGUAUGUUAAAGUUCUCGUUGAUAGAAAUCUAAUUUUUGUUCGUAGAAGGACAAUUGGAGGAGAAAUAGAAGCCUGUGGUGUUCACGAUCUUUUACGUGACUUUUGCAUAAAAGAAUCUGCCAAGGAAUGUUUUAUAUACUCUCCAAAAGCACAGCACAAAAAAAUUCUCAGGAAUCCUUUUAUUGAUGCUGCACGCCUAUGCAAAAGAUACUUAUGCUUCGACUGUAGUGGGAGAAGAGUGAAACCGGCCCGUUUUGCCUCUGUCAAAGUACAAAAAAGUAAAUAUAUGUUGGCUGACUAUGUAGAAGGAAACCCCUGGAGUAAUUCAGGUAGCAGAUAUAGAUGCGCCCGUUGUAAUAAGAAAGACGCAAUUUUCCUGGAAGUCUUUAAGUGGGAUGCUCCUGAUGGAAAUGAAUGCUUCCUUUGUAGUAAAAGAAGCAAAAAUAAUGAACCAACAAAUGUUGCCCUUAAAUUGGUUCAUUCUUCUGCAUCAGCAUCAGCAGUUCAUCUGUUUUUUUGUGAUGCAUGUGAGAAGGCUUACUCGCAUAAUGUUUCGAGGAUAAAAUUGGUGAAGACGAUAAGUGAUGGUUCUUAUGAUUCUUUGCAACCAAGUGGAUUGCGGUAUCUUUCCAUCGAAUAUGCCCCGGACAUAAACUUUGAACUUCCCUUUGCAUUUAAUCUACUUUGGAAUCUUCAAACUUUAAGAAUUCAGGAAGAUUCAUAUAAGGCCACCACGCUAGUCUUACCACCUCAAAUUUGGGAGAUGGCACAACUCAGGCAUCUUGAUGUCUCAAAGGCUGUUUUACCACGUCCUGAAGUUACACAUUCAAAGGAGAAUGCUUUUAUAAUCUUGAAAAAUCUGCAGACCCUUUCAAACAUAAAAAAAUUCAUGUGUGCAAAGGAUAUCUUUGAAAGAAUACCAAAUGUAAAGAAACUUGUGAUUUCUGAACCAGAAUCGCCAUCUGAUCUUAGUCAUUUAAGAAAGAUUGAAUCAUUGUGCAUAUAUUCGGGCCAAAAUAUAGUCUUCCCAGAAUCACUUAAGAAGUUGGAUUUGAAAUUUUGCUCAAUGUCUCUGGAGGAUAUGAUAAAGAUUGGUUCAUUGCCCAGCCUUGAAGAACUUAGUUUGAACCUUUCUGGAGUGCAGAGUGGGUGGGACUCAAUUGAAGGGGAAUUCCGUCGAUUGAAAGGACUGAGCAUUACUAAUUGUGAUGUGGUGUACUGGAGAGCUGAUGAUGAUUGCUUCCCUAAGCUUGAGUGGCUUGUUCUUGAGAGAGUACAGGAUUUUGAAAUCCCAUUGGAGAUUGGAUGCAUGAAUACCCUGAGACAGAUUGAGUUGCGUCAUUGUGGAAAAUGUGUUGAGGAAUCAGCACUGGAAAUAUGCAAGGAACACCGAGACCUGGGCAACGAAAACCUUCAAAUUCAUGUGGCUGAUAACAGUUGGGAAGAACAUCAAGUGAAUGCUUCCAGUCUUGAAGAACCAGAGGUCAUGGAUCAGAUUCUUAAGGCGCGAUUGAUCAAAAUCAGGCUAUAAAUGGAGGCCCUGGUUUACAAGGAAUGGACGAAAAUUCAAUCAUAAAUUGUGUAUUGUUUUGUCAAGUAAGUUAUCUUGCCCUGAUAUGCAGUGGUUAUAAGGUUAAGUGCAGUUGAUGUGGUAAAUCUAGUGUUUCUUAAGGAUUCUGUGUUAUAGGUUGUCUUGCAUGUUAAUGUUAUGCAAAUCAAAUUCUCAUGUCCACAGCAGCCGACGCUAUGAGGGAUAUAAUUUAUCCGUGUAUUAGCAUUGUUCUCCUGUAGUUUACUUUGCGGAGUUAUUUAUAAUUUAUCAAUUGAGUUUGUAUCAUAUAUCAUGGGACUGAUUUAUGGUGCUGAUUGAGGCAUACUGUAAUAGUGUAAUGAUAUACACAACAUAUGGUUGUUGUUGAAAUAUGUGUUAUAUAUAUAUAUAUAUG